AUGCGCACUGUCACCAUCGCCCUUCUUUGCUUCCUCUUGCUAGUAGCUUUCGACAUCGGUCGCAUCGCCGCAUCAUUUGGCGUCUUUCCGCUGGUUGUUCGCUACCUCAACACCUCCGUCUCGUACCUAUACUGGGAGAUCUGCUGGGAAGUCUACUAUCAGUUCACUCACAACUUCGAAGGAGUUCCCCUCUACCUCCGCUUCAUCUCACUUCUCAUCUGCGUCUAUCUCACCUUCUACCUAUACGUACAUAUCAAGUAUACCUACUGGAUAGGCCCUCAUCCCGAGGCCGACCAAGAUCACUCCCACGAACCUGCCGAAAAGGGACAGUCGCAAGAGACGAAGCUCCAUGUCACUCCCACCAUCGCUCACAUCACACCGCCGCCCGUCACACUACCGCCUGCAGAGCCAGCACCUACAGAGCCAGCGCCUCCUUCAUACCCUCCGCCGUUCGAGUUCCCCUUCACCAACUUCCGCGGCACCGCCUAUAGCUCUACCGAGCACGAAAAGGUCGCCGCGGCACCUACCAUAGCCAAGCCAGAAGUGGCUCAAAUCACUACGAAGUCGACAACGACUACCACGAAGGACCAUGUAGUCAUCGCACCUGCCCAUAAGGUUGUCGAGCUACCUAUCACAUACCUCCCGGCCCCGCCACAGCCAUCCCUCGAAGACCUUGCCAGGUCGACCAUGAGCAACCUGGCUAGUCAAGCACCUACUCUUGAGACUGCGAUGAGGGGCUUUCUGGUUGCUGCCAGUACCGGCACUGAGUACAUGUCGUCGGCAAACGCGAUUUGGACCUUGAUGGCGAGUGCCGAGAGUGACCUGAAGCCAUACUUCGUGGGCGGUAUGACUAUGGAGCAGUCGUUCCAUAUUGGCUGGAAUGCCUGUAUCGUGGAGUUCUGGAACUACUUGGUGCCUGAAGGUGCUUUCAUCCAAAGCAGCCAGGAACUGAUGGUUUUCCUUGCGCUCUAUCGUCAAUUCGCCAACUACCUUGGGUUAAAGGAUUGUCUCCAAGACCUCAUCAUCGUGAGGCCCGAGCCUCCCGCGUCAAGUACGCAAGAACCUCCAGCACCCAAGAUGGGGACGCUGUCCACCAUUCCCACCACCACUGAGCACCUCCCUGCUCCCGCCAUCACGAUCACUCCGCAGCCGCAACAGGCACCGAGUACCUCCGCGCCUAUCCAACAGGCACCUCCCCAGCAGCCGAUAGUGCCUCAAGGUGAAGCAGGCCUCAUUGACUUCAGCAAUGAGGAUUGGUUCGGCCUGCCGGAGAAGCAGCUCAUUAGUCUCACGUGGAAGCGAUUCAGAUGGCCCAACGAGGCAGCCGCCAGCAAGACGAUAGGUGGAUACGAUAUACCAGAGCUUCUUUCGUUACCCAUGAAGCAUCCAGAGUUCAUCAUGGCCUCGUAUGUGAAGACGGAGCUUGAGAAAAUGGCGCCAAUCUUCAAACGCGCUUCAAUAGUUCUCCGACUCCAAGGUCGUGGAUGCCCGUUGUUCCGUCAGCACGGACUCGAGAUGGCACCGUUAAUGGGCAACAUGACGGCUUGCCUCUCUCGCGCUGCCGAGAUGACCAAUCAGUGCCAAGAGGUUGCAGAUUGGGAUUCUCGGGAUGAAUGGUACCAAGCCUGUCAGUAUUUCCACCAGAACGUCUUCGGACGAGAGAAGAUUUGGGAUUGGCUGUGUCACCAGUACGACUCCAAUGAUAAGAAAGAGAGUGACAAGCACUACAAGACUCGUCCUCUCAGGGAGUUGUGGGAGAAGAUGGCGCCGACAUGGCUUCCAGACACAGCAAAGCCUUGA